AUGCCUCCCCACGAAGGAUUGACCCAUCUUAAAGAGUACGAUAUUAAGGAUAGUAACGUUGAGCUGAUUGGCACCGAAAUCGACCACCGCGUGAAACACAACUCCGCAGAGACAGAACCUGCUUGGAAUGAUGGCAAAGUAGGACUACAAGCUGGUUUGCAUGUCUGGCGGAUCGAAGAUUUUGAGGUCAUCCCAUGGCCGAAGGAGAAAUACGGCCAGUUCUUUGACGGGGAUAGCUAUAUCGUGCUGCAUUCAUACAAAGUGGGCAAAGAUGGGAACGAAAAAUUGGGACAUGAAAUCUUCUUCUGGCUGGGAAGUAAGACCUCGCAGGACGAGGCUGGGACCGCUGCAUACAAGACUGUUGAACUAGAUGAGUUCUUGCAGGGUUCUGCGACACAGCAUCGGGAGAUCCAGCAGCAGCCUUCGGACGAAUUCGUUGCGUUGUUUCCUCGUCUCUCGAUCCGUGCAGGAGGUGUACGCUCUGGCUUUACGCAUGUAGAUACGGAUGCUAAGACCAAAGAGAUCACGCUUUUGCUUCGGAUCUUCAAGCAUCUCUCUGCUGUUGGCCGUGAUUCCAUCAUUGUGCAUGAGGUGGAGCCUACUUGGCAGAGUUUAGAUGAGGAAGAUGUUUUUGUACUGGAUAAGGGAGACAAGAUCUGGGUCUGGCAAGGCAAGAAAUGCAGUCCCAUGGAGAAAGCAAAAGCUGCACAAGUUGUGAAUGAUCUUACGCUAGCCAAACAUAUUGAUGUUGAGGUUCUGGCACAGACAGAUUCUAGAUCACAUGUGGUAAUUGGCUUGUUGGGAGGCAAAAGCAAUGCCCCUGACGCUUUCAGAUCUUGCAGGCCAGUAUCCUCCACAACAACAUGCAGCUCUCGCCCCCGCAGACUAUUCCGCCUCAGUGAUGCGUCUGGACAACUAUCCUUCGACGUUGUCAAAGAAGGGCAGACAAUCCGAAGAACGGACUUUGACACUAAUGACGUUUUUCUCUUGGACGUCGGCCGCGCUAUCUGGGUUUGGAAAGGACUGGGAGCGAGUGCUGCUGAGAGGGCAAUGUGGCUCAAUGUUGCACAAUCGUAUGUUCGCCAGCUUCAAGGGACUUCCGACGCCUACCUUACACCGUUGGCUGCGGUUGUUGAAGGGAAUGAGAGUCCGUCGUUCUUCAAAGCCAUUGAGGUGUAA